UGUUGAGUAACCGAUUACACAUGUGUCUGUGGCUUUUAACUGCAUGUUUGGGCUUAUUGCCUACAAACACCGUACCGCCUGCCACUAUUGUAGUUGUUCAAGGUGUACCAUCACCGAUUCUUCAACCUACAACAGCGGCAACUACUGCUGCUACUACGACUACAACUACUGCUGCUACUACGACUACAACUACUGCAGCUCCAAUGACACCGGCUUCAACUAUGCCACCACCAAUUACAGUUGCGCCAACAACUACAACAGCUCGACCUACUAUGAGUGGUAACAACUCUUCGCCUUUACCACCACCAGGAAAUAACUCAAAUCCUUCGACAACAACCUCAAUACUAACAUCAGUAACAACUGCUAUGUCUACUUCUUCUAGUUCUGUAACUAACAUGUCUUCUACGACAGCAACUAACAUUUCGAUAGCAGGUGGAGACAUUUUACCUGUUUUACUUUGUGACAAUCCUGAUGUGAUAUGUUUUUUUAAUCCCGAUGAAAACGCUACAGGCCCGAUCCAGAUUGACCCACGACUCGGUACUACCCCCGCGCCAUCAGCAGCGUUGCUGAGUCCACAAAUUACUGGCUACAGUGGACAAAUUCCAUCGUUUGAUUCAGCUGUCAAAUUUCCUAGAGAACGUAGAAGUUUAAAUUUUAAACGCGAAGAAAGCUAUCCAAAUGUUUACAAUAACACUAAACAUAGAAUACGCAAAAGGCAAAGCUGUCAAUGUGUACCUACUGGCACAUGUUAUACAACUUCAUCCGGAGCGGGUAUGAUCGAUUUUAGAAUUGUUACCCCUACUUCUGCGCCUUGUCCCGCUGGACAAGAAUAUUGCUGUGGAAGCACAGCAGCUUUGAUAGCAUGUGGCACCAUGCAAACAGUGCCGACCCCAUCUGUUAUGCCUGCUGCAGGACAAGCUAGUUUUGGAGAAUAUCCAUUUCAGAGUUUGAUUCUGACGAAGCAAAAUGGUUAUAUUGCUGGUGGUGUGCUUAUAGAUCAACUGAACGUCUUAACCGUUACACAUCGGAUGACACCCUAUAUCGUUUCAGGAACAGCUCCGAACGUGAAAGUAAGAUUGGGUGAAUGGGACGCUGCUGGGACCUACGAACCAGUGCCUUUUCAAGAAUACAACGUGGCGAAAGUUUUUACUCAUCCUUCUUUCAACUCUAACACCUUACAGUAUGAUAUAACCGUUUUGCGACUCUCAGCUCCAGUACCAUUGACACCUCAAAAUGGUGCCGCAAAAACUAUCAACAGAGCAUGCCUCCCUCCAAUGUCAACGUCGACUUACACCGGUCAAAGGUGCUGGGUAUCGGGUUGGGGCAAGGAUAUGUUUGGUGUUCAGGGCCAAUAUCAACAAAUUUUGAAGGAAGUGGAUGUCCCUAUUGUAUCCUCCGCAACCUGUCAGACUCAGAUGCAAACUGCACGCCUGGGGCCCACUUUUGUACUUGAUACUACUUCUUUUAUAUGCGCAGGAGGAGAGGCGAAUAAGGAUUCUUGUACGGGUGACGGAGGGUCUGGUUUGGUGUGUCAAGUAAACGGGCAGUGGGUGGUAGUAGGACUGGUGGCGUGGGGUCUGGGUUGUGCUAACACCAACGUUCCUGGAGCUUAUGUCAAUAUCGCUGCCCUACUACCCUGGAUACAACAACAAGUUGCCACUGCCUAG